AUGGCCCCGUCUACGGCCCGGUCUUGGCCGGAGGCCAUCGUAUAUGGCAUUGAGCUUUGCAUUUUCGAUUCACGUCGUGCCGCACAACUUGUCCAGCCUGUAACAACCGGCCCUGGUGGCCGCCCUCUUCCACUUACGCGUCGACGUUCGCAAGAUUCUGGAACUGUCACCUUCACACCCACUCCUGAAAUCAAUACAGCAGCCAAGCGCGUCUAUGGAUAUGGAUAUGGCUUCUUUGUCCUCUCGUUUGUUGCAAACUUCGCCAGCGUGGUCUUGCACGCUGUAUACGCAACCAAGAACCCCGAGAUCAAGUUUGGUUGGUGGUGCGGUGAAGAGACAUCUGUUUACUAUAUUUCCGGCCUUUUUAUGCACCUUUACGCAUUAAUAUACCUUGUCGAAGGCGACCUGAUACCGAAUCAACCUGUCAUUAUUUUCUGGGCCACCACACUCGCUGUCGAAGUUACCAUAUUUACGUUUAAUAUCAUUCGCUUGAGAGGGUACCACCAAGUCCUACGCAGCAUUGUUCUCGAUGUAUGGACAGUCGCAUACGGACCUGAUAAAUGGGACUACGUCGACAUUUCGAUCGGAGUUUUUCGGUUGUUCGUCCUUGCUUUCCUUCUUGGUGUUAAUAUUUCUAUCAACUAUUCGCGAAACGCCGUCCGGGAAAAGGUGGAAGAUGACAACUUACCGCCAGCGACUGAGGUUGAUCAUACGGACGAGUCGACGCCGCUUUUGAGAAAUGGGAGCGCGGAGCGCAUAUCAUACGAUACCACUAGUUCUCGUGCAACAAACGGAACUGCUCACGGCUCGGGAAACGACGUUGAGAACGGCUCUGCUAAGUAUGUUGACGGAGCGACGAAAGGGAAAUCUGCCGGUUCAGUCAACGGAUCUGCCAACGGCUCGACACCAGAACUGACCGAUAGCAACGCGCCGGUAACCGAUUCGGCAUCAGACGGCCACGCUCGCCCCAAUGAGGCUGAAGAGACCGCGUUCUACCGACCCCGAAAGCUUCCACACAAAACCUGGUGGGAAUACUUGACAAGUUAUUCGUUGUUCUUUCCAUACCUCUGGCCUAGGGACUCGCCAAGGCUGAAGCUUGUUGUCGUCGUGUGCUUCCUGAUCCUUGUUGUUCAGCGGAUUGUGAACUUCUUGGUUCCUAAUCAAAUUGGUCACAUUACCGAUGCCUUCGAAGCCGGCACAGGGUUGCCUUGGAUUGAGAUUUUGAUCUUCAUCUUUUACAAGGUUUUGCAAGGGCAGUCUGGUGUGCUCGGAUCGGCCCGUGCUCUACUUUGGAUCCCGGUUUCCCAGUAUUCAUACUUGGCACUUACCACGGCAGCAUUCGAGCAUGUUCACUCGCUUUCCCUGGACUUCCACCUCGGCAAACGCACCGGUGAAGUGCUUUCUGCGCUCAACAAAGGCGCCGCCAUCAACUCUUUUCUGGAGCAGGUUACCUUUCAGGUGUUUCCCAUGCUUAUCGAUCUUUUGGUCGCAGUCAUUUACUUCCUGCUUCGGUUUGGGGCUAUCUAUGCGACCAUUGCGGCUGUUAUCACGGUGUUCUACCUUCACAUGACCGUGAAAAUGGCUUCUACCCGUGCCGACUUACGACGUGAAAUGGUGAAUGCUGACAGAGAAGAGGAGGCCGUGAAGAACGACUCGAUCAUGAGCUACGAAACGGUUAAAUAUUUCAACGCGGAGGCCUUUGAAUUCAACCGCUAUCGGAAGGCCAUCCGCAGUUUCCAAGCUGCUGAAGCAAAAGUGACAUGGGGAAUGAACAACAUGAACAUCUGCCAAGCACUUGUCUUCAUGUGUGGCAUUCUAAUUAUGCUUAUGGUUGCUGCUGUCGAGGUCACACAAGGCAUGAGAUCUAUCGGUGAUUUUGUUGUUAUGAUCACUUACCUAGGCCAGCUUCAAGGGCCACUCCAAUUUUUCGGCUCAUUUUAUCGAACCGUUCAACAGGCUAUGAUUUCAGGAGAACGUCUUUUGGAGCUUUUCAAAAUCCAACCGACGGUCGUCGAUUUGCCCGAUGUGAAGCCACUUACUGAAUGCCGCGGCCACAUUCGUUGGUCAAACGUGCAGUUCUCCUAUCUUCAAGAGCGGACCGCCCUACAUAAUCUCUCUCUUGUUUGCUCACCAGGAACAACGACUGCAUUUGUUGGUGAAUCUGGCGGCGGUAAAUCAACAAUCUUCCGUCUCAUGUUCCGUUACUACAAUUGCGACGACGGUACCAUCGAAAUCGAUGGCCACGAUGUCAAAGACCUUACUAUUGACUCCGUUCGGCGUCAUAUUGGUGUUGUUCCUCAAGAUACCAUACUUUUCAACGAAACGAUCAUGUACAACCUGAAGUAUGCGAACCCUGGCGUCUCUGAUGAAGAGGUCUACGAAGCUUGCCGGGCCGCGAGCAUCCACGAUCGAAUCCUCUCAUUUGUCAACGGCUAUGACACGAAAGUUGGUGAUCGUGGCACGCGUUUGAGCGGUGGUGAGAAACAGCGUGUCGCUAUCGCACGCACGAUUCUAAAGAACCCCAAAAUCAUUAUGCUUGAUGAAGCAACGUCCGCUCUGGACAGCGAGACUGAGCAACAAAUUCAAGCAAAACUCAUCCGUGGUGGAAGCCUCGGUCAAGAUCGCACUCUCUUAAUCAUUGCAUUAUCGUCCUUCAUGCUGGCGCGAUAA